AGUUUUCUCUGCCUUCUCUGAGUGGCUAAUGGUAAAAAUCUGAGGAAGUGACUCCAAAAAUACGACUCGGAUCUCACAGGAACCUUUUCAGCUUCUCUCAUCACCUACUACAUCUUCCAGAAUGGGUAUAGUCAUCCACUCCAGCCCUCUCCUAUGGACACGGUUGGCAGCCAUGGUCUUCGCCUGUGUGGCCUUCUCCGUGGCCAUACAUGGGGCCAGAGUCAACCAUGGCACCGGAAACUGGUGCAUCUUCUGCUGGGUCUUCAGUUUCGCCGGGUCUCUUCUCGUCAUCCUGGUGGAGCUGUUCGGCCUUCAGGCCAGAGCCCCGGUUUCCUGGAAGAACUUCCCUAUCACCUUUGCCUGCUACGCCGCCCUGCUCUGCUUGUCUGCCUCCAUCAUCUUCCCCCUCUACUACCUCAGGGGCUCCUCAGCUUCUGGCCCAAAUGAAAUCCGCGACUACCGCAUUGUGACAACCGUCUUCUCCUGCCUGGCCACCAUCACCUACAUGAGCGAGGUGAGCAUCAGCAAGGCGCGUCCAGGGGAGGUGGCCGGCUACAUGGCCACAGCCCCUGGCCUGCUAAAAGUCUGCGAGACCUUUGUGGCCUGCAUCAUCUUUGUCUUCAUCAGCGACCCUGUGGCGUACGACCGUCACGAUGCACUGAAGUACUGCAUGUCCGUUUACUGCAUCUGCUUCAUCCUGUCGGCGGCCAUCAUCCUGCUGUGCAUAGGCGAGUGCACCGGCUUCCUCCCCUUCCCGUUUGCCCGCUUCCUGUCUCUGUACGCCCUGCUGGCCGUGGUCCUCUAUCUGUCAGCAACCAUUAUCUGGCCCAUCUUCAACUUUGACCCCAAGCAUGGUGGAACAAAAGAAAGGCCCAACAAUUGCAGCAGUGCGAUGGGACUGUGUAUGUGGGAUAAGGCCAUGGUGGUAGCUGUGCUCACUGCUGUCAACUUCAUCCUCUACUUGUCCGACUUAAUCUACUCUACCCGCCUGGUGUUUGUCAGCGCUUGAGGGAAGAGAAAGUGUGUUAGGUGUUAGCAGUAUGCUCCAAAUAAAAUUGAAUUUGGCAUGUUCUCAAAGGCCGUCGAACUGCUGUCAGAUACAAUGCUGCGAGCAAAUGUGAGUGUACUCACUCCAUACUUGCUGGAGGAAGUUGUGGGUCAUGAUGGGAGCUGACUGAGUUAUACCACAACUGGUAUAGUUUAUUGUAGUAUUGUAAUCUAGUGUGACUCCAUUUGUUGUUUGAAAUUUGCCCUGAUAACUAAAGGAUUUGAUUUCACUAUAGUUCUACCAGAACAAAAUAGUAAAAGUGGCCCAAAGUACUUGUGUAAUGGUUGACCCAGGAUGUACUGGAGAAAAUAUUAUGGGGGCAGCGAACAUGGUUUUUAAAAGAGAUUGACAAGUUCAGCUGGCCGACCUGGGUAAUCAAACCAAAAUCUUGGGUUUUUUUUGGCCCCAAGCAGUUUUGCCUCGGCAAACCUGCCAAAUUUGAUUUUGUGUAAAGUAUACUGCCAGUCUGAGGACAAUAGAGAGAAAAGAGGGAGAGGCUGAGGUCAAUGGCUAUGUUUACACGUACAACGAAAUAAAUAACUGAGGCUUUCUGUUCAUGUGUUGGAGCAUGUAAGUGUCAAACCUUGCUUCCAUGACCUGGAUGACUCUUAUAUUGAUUAUGAGAGGCCUGAUGUGAUUGCUGGAACAUGCUGAUAUUACCCGACCAAGCUUUUUAUACAUUUUAAUUGCAGAUCACUGCCCACUGUAAAACUCAAAAUACAAUAUUAGUUCAUGUAUACACAGAGAUGUCUGUGAUCUGGAUAUGACCAAGCUAUUUACAGAAUCUCAACAAGGAUACAAGCUAACACCUAAAAUACUAUGUGCAUGUAAACAUAGUCUGUAAUGACAAAGGAAGAAAAAACAAGGAAAAUGGUGGCUUAUUAUUGUGUUUUUGUUAAAUUUGUUUUGCAUGAUGUAUAUGUCAGUGCUCUGCCUUGAGUUUGUUUUCAAUUUGAUGUCAGUUAUAAAAAGACCGCCGAGCAGUAUUUCUGUUUUAAACAGUUAAAGGAUGAAAUGUAAUAAAAUAAUGAAUAUUACCUGUAAGGAGCCAUGAUUAAGAUUAAGAUGAUUUCAUUAAAUGAAUUGACUAUUGUUUUCCCAAUAGAAUGCAGAGCAGCUGAUAAGGAUCUGAUGUUUUAAGACUUGAAGUAGUGCAAAAUAGCUUACAUGACUGCUAGGCUAGCUUUUUGUUCCUGUUAUGAUAUAUGUGUAUUUGUAUCUGCAAGCUACAAUCAAUGGCAAGAAUAUAUAUGUGGAAAGAACAUAUACAAGAUUGUGGAUUUAAAAAAGAAGACAAAUAUGUUUAAAGUGCACUUAAAUAUUAGUAUUUUUACGUGUGUUUAAAUGAAUGGUGUCUCCAAAUAUCAAAACAUCUGUUAACACCAAACUCACUCCACAUUUACUGUUUUAUGAUUGGGUCCAUUUGAACUGCUGUAAUUAACACACAGAGAAAAAGACUAAAAUAGAUGCUUCUCUCUCUCUCUCUCUCUCUCUCUCUCUCUCUCUAUAUAUAUAUAUAUAUAUAUAUAUAUGUUGUUAGUAUUAUAUUCCUCAAAUGUUUUUUUAUAUCCCACUGUUUGUAUUUCAAGUGUGCAUACCACAUCAGUGAUGUAAGAAAACAUAAUCCAGUGUUUCAAUAAAACCACAUGGUAAACAGAG